AACAUUUCUUCGCUUUGCAAUCCGUGCUAUAUCAUCAGUCAGUUGAUUUCUGUUGGUUGCCGAUGAUGGUAACGAUUUAGCAUAACUGCCGUAACUGCUGUGAAUUAUUGGCUACAUUUUCAAAAUAAAAAAAGAAUCUCUUAAGCACACCGAACGCCACAACAACGAUAAAAACCGUUAGUUUUUUGCACUUGCAUCUGCAGCAAGUGUUUUGUGUUUUGAUUGUGACAACGGUUCAACAAUCUAUCCAGAAAAGAAAAUUGUUAUGAGUUUUUUUUUAUUAUUUUGAACAAAAAAAAAUAUUGAAAAAGAAAGAAAAAGAGAAACAUAAUACGAAUUUCAAUGUGAAUAAUAAUAGGAAAGUGCUUUACGAAUUUUGCCCAAACAGUUCCGUAUGAUUUGUCAUUGUUUGACGGUUCAAAACAAACAACCAACCAACAUUGACGGGGCAUAAUUGUUUUGGACGCAAACAAUAAAUACCUCCGGUACUUUUAUUUAUUAUUCAAGUGCGAGAAAAAACGGAAUAUAUUUUUUUUCGUUGUGCAGUGUAUAUGUCACACAAAAGGAAAAACACUUGACAAAAAAAAAAUCAGAUUGAGUGGCAUUAAACGAUCGAUUCGAUCGUACACGGUGUUAACACUUUUUUGUGGUUUGAUGUGUUUCAAAUUGAAUUGCAUACAAAAUAUUUGCAACAGCAACCAAUUUUGGCAUUUUUAGCUGUGACUAUUGUUUACUUCAAAUUUAUGAUAACAUUUCAGUUUUUCAACGCAAUACACUGCGUCAAAACCGAUAAUUAUUUUUUUUCGAAAUUUAACUAGAUCACCAAGCAAAGUCUUUGAACUUUCAAAAGUUGCAUAGAAAAGGUUUUUGAUUUUGCAACAAAAAAACACUGUAACGAAACAACUAAUUGGUCAUUGUCACAUUGCAUAUACCUGAAAAACAGUACGAUGCCUGGGGGCCAGCAAAGAAAAAAAAUGUGUUGAGCUGUUGAACGUGUUUGAAAGUGUUGUGUGAAAUUGCGUUUAUCAACAAAAAAAAAAUAGAACACAAAGAAGUAACGUGCAAAAAAAACUUGACAAGUUUAUGGGCAAAAAGGUGCAUUCAAUAGAGUCGUUAAGCUGGAUCACCCGUAAUUUAUAUCGUGCAGUUCGAUUACGAAAAAGGAUAAAUUCCUGAAUGAACAAUAAAAGUCAAAUACAUAUAUACGCAUACCAUAUACCCAUCAAAAGCAUUCUCGAACACCGAAUAAAACGAGAAAAGAGAUAGUGUCAGAAACAAAGCGAUUAAAUAAAAACCCGUCAAAUAGCGUGUGCCGAUCGAAAAGCGACCGAAACUCAAUGGGAAAACAGUUAAUGUAAUCUCUUGUGGAAAAUAAAAUUUAAUGAACUGAAUAUUUUCAGUGGUGAGUGAAAAUUUGAUAUUAAAAAAAAACACACACACACACACAAACGCAUACAAAAGAAAGAAUACAGAAUCAGGCCCAAGAACAAACAAACAAACAAAAAAGUAUACUUCAGCCCCAAAAGCUGCACACAAAACAUUUCCGAACAAUAACAUUUCAAAACAAAAGCAGCAGUUAAAAAAAAGACAACACGAAUACAACGACAACAUAAAACCAACUACGAAACAUAAACAGGCAAAAAUGGAUUUUGAUUGAAUUAUUAAAGGUUUGUUAAAUUUCACAACAGCAAUAGAGCUGUGGCAACGGUGUAACGGGUAGCAUGCGCCCAAUUCAAUAAUAAACAAAACACAUUUAUACCGAACAGAGAGAUCUCUUCUUGCAUAUAAAUAAACAACAACAAUAUACAACAUACACAUACCGGAGGACCAUUUUGACGUUGCUGAAUCUGUUUCAAUAAUUUUCAUCGGUUAUUGAACAUACAGACGACACAAAUUGUGUAUUUGGUAUCUUGAGGUAUCCAUUGGCCGUGUGCCGGUUCUACAUCAACAGACGAUCCAUUUGGCCCGCAAAUAAGUGAAUCUUAAAUGCGACAAAACUUGAUGAUGCUAAUAUAGUUGGCUUUAAACGGAACACUUUUAAGACUUGCCAAACGGUUAGGGUGAGGCCAACGAAAUGUGUACGCGUUAUAAAAGAAAUUACGAUUAAAAAUAGCAUUGAAUAAGACGUAUAAAAAACAGCGACCGAAAGAAAAACUCAAAUAAAACAAAAUACAUUGCGAUAUAAUUCAACUGAAAAGAAGCGAGACGCUAAAAAAAUAUAUAUACACAAAAAACUGAUACGAACCUUUUUGGUCGAAAAUAACGAAACAAAAAGAACAGCAAAGAGAGAAGCAAAAGCAUACGGAUCAAAAAUACGAGCGUUCGCCGUCACAUUGUCUAGCAAAUCAUUUUAAAACGCACAAAAGAUUAGUUCGCCAAAAGAUUAGAGCCGUGUACAGCUGCUUAAACAUGACGAGAAAAAAGCGAGGAUUCUGCAACUGGUUUAAUUUGGUAGCUGCAAUAUGGAUAAUCAUCUCUGAAAUAUUCCUACACGCCUUUUGUUUGAAAGAUCUAAAGAUUUUUGUACCGGAGGCGGUUAUAACAGGAAAUGCAGCCACGCUAUCAUGCCAAUACGAAUUGGAACAAGCUCCGCUGUACUCUGUACGAUGGUAUUUCGAGAGUGAGGAAUUUUAUCGCUACGUUCCAAAGGAAUCGCCACCAUCAAUAGUGUUUCCCGUAUCCGGUAUAACAGUAGAUAAGGGUUCGUCUGAUUCGACUUCCGUCACAUUGCGCAGCAUAACUAGAGAUUUGUCUGGUAAAUUCAAAUGCGAAGUAUCCGAAGAUGCACCGAUGUUCCAUACUGAAAUUCGUGAAGCACGCAUGCAAGUGGUUGAGCUGCCAAAGGAAGAGCCAAGCUUACAGGUCGAUAAGAAAAUCAUCGGUAUCAACGAUAGCUUCAAGGCUGUAUGUACCGUUGGAAAAUCCUAUCCAGCUGCAAAUAUAACUUGGUACAUCAACACUAAAAAGGUUUACAAGAAUCCGUAUCAGCGUGUUGUUUAUCGUACAUACGAAGGUUCACCAACAUUUUCAUCGCUGGAAGUGCAAUCAACGAGUCCAAUCAUACAAGAUAUACUACAGGCAGCGCCCAAAUAUAAUCCAAGCAUAAAAAUUAUGUGCGAAGUGUCCAUUUUGCAUGUAUAUCAUAAAAAUGUUGAGGCUAAAUUGGCAACGAUAAAUCCAUCACUGACAACCAUCACACCAAAUUUAUUGGGCUUAGAAAAAGCGUCCAUUGGCGAUCCAGAUAAUUCACCAUUAACGGGCGGCGUUGGUUGUAUACACAACCAUCACCAUGCCAUUGGUGUCUAUCAUGUGAUUCUCUUGAUAAUUUGCUGUUAUUAUUAUUUUUGUUAUGAUUCAAUUCUGUGACACGUUUUUGUACAUAAUUUUGAGUAAUAGCCGAUGAGCAACAACGCGAAAAACACUUAACGCAGCGAAGAAGAAGAAGAAAAAUUACCGUAUAAAAGCACAGCAAAAGAGAAUUACAAAUAAAAAAAAAUCCAUUGAAACGUGCACCAUUUGAUGACAACGCAUUUAAAAGGGAAUGGGCAUUAAAUGGUGACGAAAAUAUUAUGAAAUAGAAUCAAACAGAGAAAAAUCAAAAUUGUCACACACAAACAGAAACACACACACAAUAUUAUUAGCCAUUUGAAAACACUCAACAAUGCAUUUUUUUAGGCACAUUAGUAAGUAUGAUUCAGCAUUCAGGGUCAAAGCCCAGCCAGAAAAAAAGAACAAAAGAUAAGAUUAAAAAAAAAACAAAGAAAAUACAAAAAAAAAAUUAAUAUAUAAAUAUAUAUAACUGUCAUCCAUGAAGCAUAAAUCGGAGCAUAAUGCCGCGAAUGCAGCAGCUGCUCUCAUACGAACAGAGAAAAAAGAGGAUAAAAAAAAAACAUAAAACAAAAUGUUUAGCUAAUACUUAACUGCUCUGAAAGCGAAAAUAAAGAAAAAUGUGAACGCGUAUACAAAUGCAGCAGGAAUGGAAAUAUUAAUAUAAUACUAAAUAUAAAAAUUAAAGGUAAACGAAGAUUAAUAUGUACGUACUAUAGGCAUAAGCAGCAACUUACACAUACACACAAACAAAUAAAUAAAUGAAUGAUGAAAUUAUUAUGUUAUACUGAAUGAUAUUAUAUAUAUCGAAGAAAACAACAGCAAAAUUACAAUAAUAAAGUAAUUAUUAUAAAAUACUAUACUAAUAAUGGACAGCAGAAAGCGAAUGCCAUAGAUUAAUCGCAUGAAUGUGUAUGGAAGAAAAAUUUAACAACACGCGGAUAAGCGAAAAGAAGAAAUAGUGGGAUACAAACACACAGAUACACACGAACACCCUUACAUAAACAAAAUACAGACACAACACAAAAUAACCAAAAUGAGCAUAUAAGAAUUAUAUAUAAUACCUACUUAUAAUAUAAGUGUAAGAAUGGCAAACACAGCAAAACACACACAUACACACAUACAGCCGAUACAACAAAAUAGAAACAACAAACCAAAAAAUAAAAACAACUACCAAGCUCAAAAAGCCAAACACGCUAAGACACAAGGAAAUAGCAAACAAAUAAAAUAACAUAAAAUUAAAUAAAUGUAUAGAGAGACCGGAGAGUGUGUACGAUACCAAUGAAUAUAAAUAAAAAAAUGUUCUGCUGACAUUAUUCUAUUAUUUGA